AGAUAAAUUAUAAAACAGGACGCAUCAGUGGUGGGUGACAUGUGACUGAGGGGAAUGUCAUCACAUCUCAACUCUAGCAUCGUCUCCACCAUAUCUAUGGAGAAUCCAUACAUUGCCCACAAAGUUAACAAGGCGAGACGAAUAACUUCUUUUAUGCUGUAAUUCAGUGGGUUUCCGAGUUCAAUAAUUGACAGACGUCUAUAACGUAUCGCCGGCGAGCAUGUCGCCAGGAGAUGGUUCAGCCUCAAUGGCAAUACCUAUAGUUGAUUUCACAUCCUGGAAGAAUACUCAGGACCAAGCCUCUCGGCUAAGAACGGCACAAGAACUUGUCAAAGCCUGCCAAACCGUGGGUUUUGUCUACAUCAUCAACCACUCGUUGCCCGAGCCUGUCCUGGAUGAAGCAUUUGAUUGGAUGAAACGUCUUUUCAAUCUUCCUGAAGAGGAGAAGAUGAAAGCGCCCCAUCCUGAAGGUUGGGCAGUGCAUCGGGGUUACUCAUGGCCGGGAUUGGAGAAAGUUUCCCAGACGAUGCCCACAGGAAAUGAUGAAGAGGCAAAAAAAAGGUUGCGAGAGAUCCCAGAUGUCAAAGUAUGUUAUGGCUUGCCUCGUAUAACAAAGUCAUGCAUUGGAAUAAUAUUGAAAGGACAAGGCCCUUAUCUUACAGUGCUACAGGAAGUAUAUGAUAUCGGGAGUGAUGAAAACACUGACCAACCCAAUCAAUGGAUACCAGACGAGGCCCUCGCGGGCUUCAGGGCUUUUAUGAUCAAGUUCUAUUGGGAAUGCUGGGCAGUCGGCAAGGAGCUUUUACGUGCUCUAGCCAUUGGAUUGAAUCUAGAGGACGAUUCUUACCUAGUCAACAAGCAUUCGGGACAUGAUAAUCAACUACGGCUACUACAUUACUUGCCCGUUCCAGCCGAGGAUCUUGAGAAAGAGCGGACAGCCCGUUGUCCAGCGCAUACGGAUUGGAGUACUUUAACUAUGCUAAUUCAAGACGAUUGCGGGGGUCUGGAGGUUGAAGAUGUUUCGUGGCCUGGUACAUUCGUUCCUGCACCCCCCUUGAAGAAUGCCAUUGUGGUAAAUGUUGGUGACCUUCUUCAAAUGUGGAGUAAUGACCGACUCAGGUCUACAAACCACAGGGUCAGAAUGCCACCACUCGCCGAUCGCUAUGAGGGUCCAAAUCGGAUGACUCGCGAGCGGUUCUCGAUUCCCUACUUUAUGUCUCCAGACCCGAAAUCUGUAAUUGAAUGUAUUCCAUCGUGUAUGAGCGAGGACCAACCCGCCAAGUACAAACCAAUUACACAGACAGAGUAUAACAAGAUGCGAGCCUCUAUGAUGUACUGAGCACACCCGAGUCAAAAUUGCUGAUCCAGGUACUUCUUCUAUAUCAUUAGGAUAUUGUCAGUCCGCUUUGUUGGAAAUGGAGUUGAGCGAUUGACCAAACGGUAUAUUGGGUAGCAACCUUCGCAUGUGCUUGGAUUUGUAUAUCGCGCACAGCCCAACUUUUGACAUCAUCCACUGGCAUUUCUUUGAACGGUAUCAUCUCCA